GCGCUUUCUUCCGAGGAUGACUGAGUGGUGACAAAGGGGGCAGAAAACGGGGAGCCCCUCUGGCUUCGCUCCGACACCAACUUGACGGUUUAUUAUCAGGAGGAGGAGGUUUGAUUUAUCCACCUGGACACCCGAAGAUCUUGGAUUUUCGGGAGGCGGUGGCAGCGGUGGGGGAACCAUGCCGGUCCGGAGGGGUCAUGUCGCGCCACAGAACACAUUUCUGGGAGUAAUCAUACGGAAAUUUGAAGGACAAAACAAGAAGUUCAUCAUCGCCAAUGCCCGGGUGCAGAACUGCGCCAUCAUCUACUGCAACGACGGCUUCUGCGAGAUGACGGGCUUCUCCCGGCCGGACGUCAUGCAGAAGCCGUGCACCUGCGACUUCCUGCACGGGCAGUUCACCAGCCGCCACGCCGUGGCCCAGGUGGCCCAGGCGCUGCUGGGGUCCGAGGAGCGCAAGGUGGAGAUCACCUACCACCGCAAGGACGGUUCAAACUUCCUGUGCGCCACCCACAUCAUCCCGGUGAAGAACGAAGAGGGCGUGGUCAUGAUGUUCAUCCUGAACUUCGACUACAUCCUGGAGGAAGGCAGCAGCGACUCUCUGGAGAGACUCAACCACACCUCCCCUUCCAAAGCCGACCAGCGAAAAGGAAGAUUCUUCCGCUUCCGCUUCCCGGCUCUUCCGCUGCUGGGCAUCAGCAAGCAGUCCCUGCCCCAGGAGGACCCCGACGCCGUCAUGGUAGACUCCCCUCGCCAUAGCGAUGGCUCGGUGGCCACGCGGGACUACCAGCUCCCCGCCACCCGCGAGAGCUGCAGCCCCUCCUACGCCAACGACACCCGCGCCCUCAUCGGCCCCAGCCACUGCUCCACCCCCGUGUCGGGGCCUCUGGACCACUCGUCGCCCAAAGGCCCGUGGGACCGGGCCUACCCGGACCAGGGGGUGGUGGCGCAGACGCAGCAGAGCCAGGAGGACACGCUGAUAGCGGCGCCGUCGAUCCCGGGCCUCACGCCGACCGCCUCCAGAGAGAGUAUGUGCAGCAUACGCAGAGCUUCGUCCGUGCACGACAUGGAGGGCUUCGGGUCAAACUCCAAGAUGCCGUUCAGGGACCGACAUGCCAGUGAAGGCCCGCUGAGCCAGAUCAAGUCCAGCCUUCUGGGCUCCACGUCUGACUCCAACCUCAACAAGUACAGCACCAUCAACAAGAUCCCGCUCAUCACGCUCAACUUCUCCGAGGCCAACAACGAGAAGAAGUGCCCGUCGCCCCCCUCGUCCGAGAAGACCAUCAUCGCCCCGAAGGUCAAAGACCGCACGCACAACGUCACGGACAAGGUCACACAGGUUCUCUCUCUGGGCGCCGACGUGCUGCCGGAGUACAAGCUCCAGACGCCUCGCAUCGACAAGUGGACCAUCCUCCACUACAGCCCCUUCAAGGCGGUGUGGGACUGGCUCAUCCUGCUGCUGGUCAUCUACACCGCCAUCUUCACGCCCUACUCCGCCGCCUUCCUGCUCAACGACAUCGAGGAGCAGCGGCGCCGGGAGUGCGGCUACUCGUGCUCGCCGCUCAACGUGGUGGACCUGAUCGUGGACAUCAUGUUCAUCGUGGACAUCCUCAUCAACUUCAGGACCACGUACGUCAACGCCAACGAGGAGGUGGUGAGCCACCCGGCCAAGAUCGCCAUCCACUACUUCAAAGGCUGGUUCCUGAUCGACAUGGUGGCCGCCAUACCGUUCGACCUCCUCAUCUUCGGUUCAGGAUCUGACGAGACCACCACCCUGAUCGGACUGCUGAAGACGGCGCGCCUUCUGCGUCUGGUCCGGGUGGCCAGGAAGCUGGACCGGUACUCGGAGUACGGCGCUGCCGUCCUCAUGCUCCUCAUGUGCAUCUUCGCCCUCAUCGCCCACUGGUUGGCCUGCAUCUGGUACGCCAUCGGCAACGUGGAGAAGCCGUACCUGGAGCACAAGAUCGGCUGGCUGGACAACCUGGGGGUGUCCAUAGGGAAGAAAUACAACUACAGUGACCCCAGCUCGGGCCCUUCCAUCAAAGAUAAGUACGUGACGGCGCUCUACUUCACCUUCAGCAGUCUGACCAGCGUGGGCUUCGGGAACGUCUCCCCCAACACCAACUCGGAGAAGAUCUUCUCCAUCUGUGUCAUGCUCAUUGGAUCCCUGAUGUACGCCAGCAUCUUCGGCAACGUGUCGGCCAUCAUCCAGCGGCUGUACUCGGGCACGGCCAGGUAUCACCUCCAGAUGCUGCGGGUCAAGGAGUUCAUCCGCUUCCACCAGAUCCCCAACCCUCUGAGGCAGCGGCUGGAGGAGUACUUCCAGCACGCCUGGACAUACACCAACGGCAUCGACAUGAACAUGGUGCUGAAGGGUUUUCCAGAGUGCCUGCAGGCAGACAUCUGCCUCCACCUCAACAAGAGCCUCCUGCAGGGCUGCAAGGCGUUCCGCGGGGCCACCAAGGGCUGCCUGCGGGCGCUGGCCAUGAGGUUCAAGACCACCCACGCCCCGCCCGGCGACACGCUGGUCCACGGCGGAGACGUGCUGACCGCGCUCUACUUCAUCUCCCGCGGCUCCAUCGAAAUCCUCAAGGACGACGUGGUGGUGGCCAUCUUGGGUAAGAACGACAUCUUCGGCGAGAUGAUCCACCUGUUCGCCAAGCCGGGGAAGUCGUGCGCGGAUGUGCGGGCACUGAGCUACUGCGACCUGCACACCAUCCAGAGGGAGGAGAUUCUGGAGGUGCUGGACAUGUAUCCAGAAUUUGCCGACCACUUCCUCACCAACCUGGAACUGACCUUCGACCUCCGGGAUGAAAACGCAAAGACCAGUUACUCGCAAGCAGCCAAUCCCAACGCCGACUCCGUGGCGUGUCCGAGGCGGGUCUCGUACAGACGGAAGUCCUCCACAGGCUCCCAAAGGCAGGGCAGGCAGACCUACGCCUCGGAGGAGAGGAGGGAAUCCGCCGAAGAGGGGGAGGACGAGGAGGACGAGGAGGAGGAGGAGCAGAGGCCUCUGUGCUCCGGUGUGCUGGGUUACCCGGUGGUGAGGGACCACGCCCUGGGUCUGGGGCUGAGUGGGGCCCAGGGUGGGGCCCCGGCCGAGAACGGCGCGCAGAGCCAGGAAUAUAAAGAGCUGCCCGGGAACGAGUGGGCGCGGCCCGGCGAGGCGGCGGGAGACUCGGCCCAGUGUCCGGAGACACCGGCCGCGGAGGACGACAGCGACUCGGACCUCACCUACGGAGAGGUGGAGCAACGGCUGGACCUGCUGCAGCAGCACCUCAACAGACUGGAGUCCCAGAUGACGGCUGACAUCCAGGCCAUCCUGCAGCUCCUCCAGAGGCAAACCACGGCUGGCCCGCCCGCCUACAGCACCGUCACCUCCAGCCCCGAGUACCAGAGGCCGGCCGUCAGGAUCCAGCCGGCGUCGUCCGUCCAGAGCGAGCUCAGCCUCGGCCCGGCUCCGCCUCGGCCCCAGAGUCCCGGCUUAGAGAGGGCCCUGAACAAAUCCAAAGAAACCUCCCCAGUCCUCCUCCACACACAGACUCUUCCAGAUGGCAACUUCGCCGGACUGCUGGAAGGCGAAGCCGACACGGAGCAGAAGUGCCCCCCGAACGGCGUGGACUCCGCCCAGCGGCUCCGCCGGGUGCCGCAGAGGCCGCCGUCGGGCCGACAGGCCUCUUUACCAGACGUACCCAGCAGCUCAGGAAUGUUGGGACUCCACAGGCCGCUGUCUGACCCGGGGCUUCCUGGACAGUAGGACCCCCACCCAUCCCCAACUGCCCCACAGUGACUGGAAGUCUUCUCUCAAGCUUGACUCAGGGUCUAAGAAAGAGACUGAAUAUGCAAAGGAUAAAAACUGUAGACUUUCUUCCAUUCUUUUUGAGAAAAUCUCCCAGAUUCCCUCCUCCACAUUCCCCUUUAGAUGUAUAAAGUCCAUUUAUACAGAGGUAUUUAUACACUAUAUUAUUAUCACCUGUAAAGUCAUCAUCGACCAUGUACAUAGUUCAAAUAGAACACUGCCAGCAAUUCAAGGCACCUGAUGUGCUCUUUCUAGAAGAUAUGCAUGAUUUUGGUUCUCAUCUUUUCUUUUCUGUUGCAUGUUCCUCACACUCUGGAACUCACCAGGCCUUCAGGUGUGACCGCGGCAUGCUCACAGACUACUGUAGCUAGCAAGUCUGGUUUUCUACGCCCCGUCCCGUCUCACGGGCGACCAAGCUACUUGAAACUCCAUGGAGGCAUUUCGAUGUUUCGCUCCUAAGUGAGCCUUGAAGCUCCUCGUUUAUCCGCAGCUCCAAACAAACGGACGGCGCCACACACUCCGGAGGAUUCCUGUCUGUAUGUUUAGCGUGCCUACUGUACACCACUUUGCCACAAAAGAAGACGACCCACUUCCGAUUGAGCUGCGAACGGGCCUCGGCGUGACAAUACGACGUGAAGCGGCUGCGUGGACGUCCCAUAGCACAACUAUGACUUUUAUCAGCCUUUGAGAGCAAUAAUGUCGGGCCAGCACAGCAACAUUUCUGGAGUUUAAUCCACUCUGGAAAGAAUUUUUUAAAAGCU